AUGGAAAUACACUCAGAUAUAUGACUAAACAGAAAACACAUCACAGAGGGCCUUGUGGCCUUUUCUUUGAUAACACUGGAAAACGAAUACAGAUUAUGAAACGUAUUUACGGCCACAGUGUAAAUUCACAGAAUUUGAACAUCUGAACUUCAACAUUUGUUGAUUUUAUUUGUAAAGUAAGUUGAUCCCAUUCUGUUGGUGAAGCAGCCCAGUGCGCUCACACGUGGCACAGCCCUGGACACCUUACACUCGGCUGGGUCUCCACCUCCUGUAGGUGCGUAGUUGUGACACAGCUGGCACCAGUAAAACCAAAGCACUGGCCCCAUUUCAUGCCUGUCAACUCCAAGUAAUCAGCUCCCAAAUAUGUCGAGGCUUUGUCUUGAUUGCAAUCUAACAUGGUGUGAUUUACAAUAUGCGCAAUGAACGCCGCAUGUGGUUUGCUGGCGGUUUUCAGUCUGGUGUGUCGCGUUGAGUCGAGGUGCUCACCGACCUCCUAUUAUAAGAACUGCUGGAUUAGACGCUUCCCGGGGAUUUUCAUCGAUAUUGAGGAGUCUCAGAGGAGAGGAGCGCAGCUUUUGAAGCAUUACCAAGAAGAGACCGCACUGAAAUGCAGCCGCACCUGUUGCCUUACCAGAAACUUUUCCUGUAAUCUGGCUAUAUUCCACUAUGAUACCACUCAAGAAAUCUUGAACUGCUUUCACCUCCACUGUCCGACUCUGGAGAGCUGCAUUCUGAGUCACAGAGACAACGUUGUUCUCUACAAUAUCACAAAGGGUGUGGAUCCUGAUCUGUUGGUGUUUGGAAAAUACUUCACCUCUAACGUGCGUGUGUUACCCCACCACUACAGCCGCAAUAACGCCUCAGAGCCAUUGCUGUCAGACAAGCGCCAAUUUAUUCAUCCACCUCCGCCCGUUAAACCCUCCACUACAGCAGGUAGAGUUCAUGCCACUACAGAGGCCUCUGUCAUUGCCACCACAGCGCUGCAGAGCACCGGUCAGCCUUUAGCAGUUUCCACGACUUCGACUGCUGUGCCUUCCACUGAAAAAACUCCCCCAUCUUCAAAAAAGUAUGCACAAACAACAGCCGCAGUUGUCUCCACCACUUCUCUUCCAGGUAGCAUUACUACACCUCCUUCAUUCACCACAGUUAGCACUCUGGGCCAUUACAAUUCCAAGAUUCUGUCUGCUUUUUCUACCACAAGUCCACAAUCUCCAGUAUCCACCCCUACCCGUCAUCACACCGCCACUUUCUCUCAGUUGGCCAGCAGCCCUCCAACUUCUGCAGCUCUUAUAAGCUACACAGAAAGCAGCAAGCUGUAUCUAAAUGAGACCAAGGGCAACCAUGGGAGAAACCACACAGUAAGCAACGAGGGAGCCAGUGGAGAUGACACCCUACCAGGGCUGGGACAUGGGUGGUAUGUGGCUGCUGACACCUUGCUGGUUGCUGUGGCCAUUUGUAUCACAGUGCUGCUGAGCUGCUGUUGCUCUAUCCUGCUGGUGGUGAGCUGGAGGGGUCAAAGAAAGAGGAUGGGACGCUACAGUACAUCAUGGAGAGGGAAACGAGGCUCCAUGCGUCUGAUAAAGUACGUGCUGGUCAAGGAGAGCUCCUGAAAGUGAGGAUACUUUGUAACAUCGUUGAGGAAGAAAUCCAAAAUGAAAGGACAAUUUAGUUAGAAUGUAUAUGAUUACAUACUGGAUUAUUUUAGGUUAAAGUAUUUUGUUUUAUUCUAACUAGAUGGGGAUGGACAGCUAAGGCAGCUCACCUGUGUUUUCCAGUUCUAUAAAAGCUGGCCCAGAUAAACUGUUAGUCUCUUUCUGCCACUCCGACAGGUCUCAAUCUAUUUGUGAUGUUUAUCUGUUGGUUAGAUUAAGUUAAUUAAAUUAUUUUUUAUUUCUGUAAA